AUGGAUGAUGUGUUGAUAACUGGAGUGACGGCAGAACAACAUAAUCAACGUCUUGAAGAGGUUUUCAAGAGAAUUCAAGAUAAAGGUUUAAAAGCCAGUAAAGAGAAAAUUAUUCUUGGUGUCACCGAAAUAGUGUAUUUGGUUCAUCAAAUUAAUGGAAUUGAAGUGAAGCCGCUUGAUAAAAAUUUAAAAAAUAUUUUAAACAUAAAUCAGCCUAGUAAUAAAGCUGAAGUGCAGUCUUUUAUGGGCAUGAUAAAUUAUUAUCAUAGAUUUGUGGUUAAUUUUGAAAAAAUAGCAGCUCCAUGA